GUGGAGGGGAGAAGGAGAAGGAGAAGCAGGACGAGGACGAGGACGAGGACGAGGACGAGGACGAGGAGCAGGUGAGGAGAUAGAGUGAUCAGGAAGGAGAGGGGAAGAAGGGAGAGAGUUGUUCUUGCUUGCUUGCUGUCGUCUCUUACAGCUCUCAUUGGUCAACAUUCAACCACCCAACUUCUCAACAUGGCGGACGAUCGUCAAACCUCUAUGCAAUUUUGCAAUGAGUGCAACAAUCUCAUGUAUCCCAAGGAGGUCAAAGAUGAAACAGAUCCUACAGAAUCAAGACUUGUCUAUGUCUGCAAGGCUGCAAACUGCAUAGUCUCCGCGAAAUCCCGCAAGCAAUGUAUUGAUGCUGAGAGUACCAUGGUGUGGAAACACGUCGUCCAACAUACCAUGAAGGCCGACGACUUUGUAAACGCGGACAUCACCCAAGAUCCAACCUUGCCUCGAACUCGCCAUGUUACAUGCUCCAAGUGCAAUCACAAAGAAGCUGUCUACCUGCAGGCUGUCUCAGGUCCUCAACAAGGAAUCUCGCUCUACUUUGUUUGCUGUGGUUGCAACCACACGGUGGAAGCAAGAUGGCAAGUCAAUGUCAAGCAUGGAAUGAUGUUGACGUGAACAGCUUUCUUGUUCUAUACCUGAGCUUUGCUGAUUUCCUUGGUUGGGAAACACAUAGCGGGGAUGAAUCCAGUGACUUUGCCAAAUAAAACCAACUAAGAUUAG